AUGAAUAAAGAAUAGAACUCAGUAAAUUCAUCUGCAGAUAGUAUAGAAAUGACAUAAUUUGGGGAUUAGUAGAUGAAACAUAUAAAUAAUGGUACUCAAUUGCAAUCAGCUAAAUCAAAAGCUAUGACGAUAUCAUUAAUAAGUAUUCAUUCUGCAUAAAUUACUAAAAGGAAACAAAAAGCAAGUUGAGGAUAUUUAUGAAUAUUAUAAGAGUAAUGAAAUAUAACCUGAAGAAAAAUUGAAAUUGCUUUAAAAAGUAUAUAAUGAUGAUGUAGAUGAACAUAGUGCAGAUUCUAAAGAAAUCAAAAAGGCAGAAAUUGUUUUACCUGGAUUUUAUAGAAAGUGUAUGAGACAUUAUAAUAUUUUAUAGUUCAUGAAGCAAUUCCAAUUUUCUAUCCAAACACUCCAGGUCUAUUAUUUUGGAAAGGUUGGGUAGGAUUAAUAAUUUUAUUCUUUUUUUAUGAAAUUCCAAUCUAUAUUUCAUUUGACAAAGAUGUUUGGGAAGUAAAAUUUGUAUUAAAUAUGAGUUUGUACCUGAAUGGACAAUUAUUCUAAUUGCUGUCUUAGCUUUAUUGACUUUUUCAUUUGAUAUGUGUUUAGAAUUUCAUAUGGCUUAUUAUUCUCAUGGAAAUCUAGUUGUAGAUAGAGCCAAAAUUGCUCAUAGAUAUUUGUAAUCAAGAUUUUUAUUUGAUUUGAUUGCAACCUUAGCAUUAUUAAUAAGAUCAAUUAUUUCGACAUAUAGUGAGAGAUGGUUAUAUCUCUUUUUCUAUUUAAAAUAUCCAUCAUUAGAGAGAAUAUCCUUUUAAUUUGGUGAAAUUGUCAUGCUUCAUCGUAGAGUACGUACAAUAUUUUAAAUCGGAAAAGUAUUAGCAGUUUUAUAAUUUGUUUUUAUUGUUUAUGCAUGUAUUUGGUAUUUGGCAUGUUUAUAUGCAACUAAUAAAGGAUACAAUUCUUGGUUGACUCAUGAAGGCAAUUUUGGAGCUAUUAGCGAACUGACUUAAAUUUAAAAAUUCUUCUAUUCCUAUUAUUUCAGUGUAGGUACAACUACAACAACAAUGGGAUAUGGAGAUAUGCAACCACUCAAUACUUUUGAAGUGUUGGUUGGUAUGGGAGGCAUAUUAUUUGCAGUUCUUAUAUUUGCUGUGAUGGUCAAUAUCAUAUUUAAAAUAUUAGAAGAAUAUGCUAUAUAUGAUAUCAAACGCUAUUAAUAACGUUUGAUUAUUAAUAGAUAUAUGAUGGUAAAGGAUGUUCCAUAAUAAUUAAGAGAACGUGUUAGGUAAUAUUUGAAUGAACAUUGGUAUUAAGAGGGAAAUAGGGAUACUCAAGGAGAAUAAGAAAUAAUAGGGUAAUUGGCUCCAGAAUUGAAAGCAGAAUUACAAUUAGCUAGUUGUGGAAAAAUUCUAUUAUAAAUACCAUUAUUUUGUACAAAUUUUUCAAGAGGAUUUUUAAGAGAACUUUCAUCAAGUAUUUAAGAAAUGAAUUAUGCAGAAUAUGAAAUGAUAUUUUUAGGAGAGGACUCUUAAUUUUUAGAUGAUUAAUCAAUAUAUUUUAUUAAUGUAGGAUAGAUUGCCAUAUUUCCAAAUAAUUUUAAUAAAUAAUUAUUAUUAAAGAAAUUAGGAAAAGGAGAUUAUUUUGGAGAAUUUACAUUUCUUACUGGAUUUGAGAGAAAAGCUUCUGCCUAGGCUUUAUAAUAUAGUUAAUUAUACAAAAUUAGAAGAGAAGAUUUCUUAAGCACCUUAGCAAAAUUUAAUGAAGAUUAUGAAAAAUAUUGGAUGAUUAAAGAUAAAAUAGAAUUCUAAAAGGAUUUUUCUGCAAUUGGAUAAUGUUAUACAUGCUAAUCCACAUCCCAUUAUAGUACUGAAUGUGAAGUGACUCAUUUAGUAGUGGAUGUUAAUAAGUUAAUUGUUUUUAAUUAAGAUAAAUAGGAUAGACUGAAAUUUAAAAGGUAAGAGAAGAAAAAGUGGUAGACUUUUGUUAGAAUUGAAUGCUUUAAAAGAGAAUAAGUAGAUAAUAUAUAGACAGGUGUUAAGUAUGAUAUUGAAUAGAAAUUGAAAGAAGUGGAAUAAGGAUAGGAACAUUUAGAUGAUGAUGAAUUUAAGAAAUUUUAGAACAUUUUAAAGACUAAUUUUGAUAAAUAUACUAAUUAAUAUGAGGUUAAAGAAGGUUUAUAAGGAAUGGAUUAGGCAUUUUAAUUUACAAAUUAUUUCAUAGAAAACAAUUAUGCAAAUCAAUCUGAAUUUAUAAAUACUCAAGUUUAGAUGAAAUAGCCAACUCGUUUAUCAAUGACUCGUAGUAAAUAGGUUUCAUAAUAAAGGAGUAGAUAAUCAUCUGUAUAAUAGUGA